AUGUCCGACUCCGGCCCAUCACCAUAUCUCACAGGCGGAUUAAGACUCUUCUCCGUAUUUUCUAUCGUCACUGGCUCCGCCAUUGUUCUUCGCGGUCACAAACUUCUUAUACCAGCUGCAGAAAGGGCCCUACUUGCAAAGCCCACGCUUUCCAUUCUAGAUAACCAAGUUCGAUUUCUCGGAACAACGUGGGCAGGAUACGGUACCCUGUUAUGGUGGGCUACAAAUGAUCUUCGAACAAGACAAGUUCCUCUUGCGCUGCUAGGAGCCAUCAUGUUCGUUGCGGGUAUUGCACGCUUGAACUCUGGCUUGAUGCUAGGCUGGGGUGCACCGAAUCUCAAGGCUGCUACGGCCAUAGAGCUUGUUAUCCCGCCUUUGAUCUAUUUCUUCGGCUUCUAA